AAUCCGAAGAUGUCCGAUAAAACCAACAUGUUCCAGUUUGAACCGGUUACAGAAAGUUUUAAUGCCUUUCAUUACAAGGAAGGUGUAUGUUUGGUGUAGACAUGAAACAGGGUUCUUCUUCAAAAUAAUUCAUGCCACCAAUAAGUAUGAGUAUGGCUAACCUCCCGGAGGAAGCGGCCAAACUUCUGGAUUUUAACCAGAAGCUGGACAUAAAUCUCCUGGACAACAUUGUGGCUAUGAUGUAUACUGGGGAUGGACAGCAGCGCAUGGCACAAGAGGUACUUACUACACUGAAAGAACAUCCUGAUGCCUGGACAAGGGUAGAUACUAUUUUAGAAUACUCCAGCAAUCAACAGACAAAGUAUUAUGCUCUUCAAAUAUUAGAAAAUGUCAUCAAAACGAGAUGGAAAGUCCUACCAAGACCACAAUGUGAAGGUAUAAAGAAAUAUAUUGUUGGAUUGAUAAUCAAAACAUCAUCAGAUGCUACCAUGUUAGAACAAGAAAAAGUCUAUAUUGGAAAACUUAACAUGAUCCUUGUACAAAUUUUAAAGUAUGAAUGGCCACGGAAUUGGCCAUCAUUCAUAUGUGAUAUUGUUGGUGCUAGCAAAACAAACGAGUCUCUUUGUCAGAACAACAUGAUCAUCUUAAAGCUUUUAAGUGAAGAAGUGUUUGACUUCAGCAGUGGCCAAAUGACUCAAGCCAAAGCUAAACAUUUAAAGGAUAGUAUGUGUUCGGAGUUCUCACAGAUCUUCCAACUUUGUCAGUUUGUUAUGGAUAAUUCUCAAAAUGCACCCCUAGUUGGUUCAACAUUGGAAACAUUACUGCGAUUUCUGAACUGGAUACCCCUUGGAUAUAUUUUUGAAACAAAAUUGAUCAGUACACUAAUUUACAAGUUUUUGAAUGUGCCAAUGUUCAGGAAUGUCACAUUAAAGUGUCUCACAGAAAUAGCUGCUGUUCAGGUGUCGCAGUAUGACGACCAAUUUUUACUUCUCUUCAAUUUAGGAAUGGGACAGUUGAAACAGAUGCUUCCACUCCAAACUAACCUGAGAGAAGCUUACCAAAGUGGAACAGAUGAUGAACAAAACUUCAUACAAAAUCUCAGUCUUUUCCUGUGUUCCUAUUUGAAGGAACAUAGUACAUUAAUAGAGAGAAAGCAGGAGAAUCAUGAGGUGUUGCUAGAGGCUCUUAAUUACCUUAUCCUGAUAUCAGAAGUUGACGAAGUGGAGAUUUUCAAAAUCUGCCUAGAAUACUGGAAUAGCUUGGCAGCAGACAUUUACAGGGAAAGUCCCUUUUCUGCCACAAGUUCCUCUCCUCUCCUCCUUGGCAAGUCUCAUCACAAUGAACUUCCGGCCAGAAGACAGCUGUACAACCCUGUGUUAUCUCGAGUGCGUCGAGUGAUGAUCUCUAGAAUGGCAAAACCUGAAGAGGUGUUGGUUGUGGAAAAUGAACAAGGAGAGGUUGUGAGGGAAUUCAUGAAGGACACAGACUCUAUCAAUUUAUACAAGAACAUGAGGGAAACAUUAGUCUAUCUGACACAUUUGGACUGUGCUGACACUGAAUCUAUUAUGACUGAAAAACUACACAAUCAAGUGAAUGGAACUGAAUGGUCAUGGAAAAAUCUCAAUACGCUAUGCUGGGCUAUUGGGUCAAUCAGUGGUGCAAUGCAUGAAGAUGAUGAAAAGAGGUUCUUGGUGAUUGUGAUAAAGGACUUGCUUGGCUUAUGUGAGCAGAAGAGAGGGAAGGACAACAAAGCCAUCAUAGCCUCCAACAUCAUGUAUGUGGUAGGGCAGUACCCACGCUUCCUCCGGGCGCAUUGGAAAUUUCUUAAAACAGUUGUCAACAAAUUGUUUGAAUUUAUGCAUGAAACUCAUGAUGGUGUACAAGAUAUGGCCUGUGACACAUUUAUCAAGAUAGCACAGAAAUGUCGUCGUCACUUUGUACAGGUGCAGGUGGGCGAGGUCAUGCCUUUCAUCGAGGAAAUCUUAAAUGGCAUCAACACAAUUAUCUGUGAUCUACAGCCACAACAGGUCCACACAUUUUAUGAAGCUGUGGGUUUAAUGAUCAGUGCACAGACAGACCAGGUGGCCCAGGAACACCUGAUUGAGAGGUACAUGUUACUUCCAAACCAGGUUUGGGAUGGCAUUAUCAAUCAGGCUACUCAGAAUGUUGAAGUGCUUAAGGAUGCUGAUGCUGUUAAACAACUUGGAAACAUCCUGAAAACUAAUGUUCGAGCUUGUAAAGCUUUAGGCCACCCUUAUGUUGUACAGUUGGGGAGGAUCUAUCUGGAUAUGCUCAACGUGUACAAGGUCAUGAGUGAGAAUAUCAGCAGUGCUAUAGCAACCAACGGCGAGAGUGUCACAAAACAGCCCCUUAUCAGGAGCAUGAGGACAGUGAAGAAGGAAACACUCAAGUUGAUAUCAGGAUGGGUCAGUCGAUCCAAUGAUCCUGCUAUGGUUGCAGAGAAUUUCAUCCCACCAUUAUUAGACGCUGUGUUACUUGACUACCAAAGAAAUGUUCCAGCUGCCAGAGAACCUGAAGUGUUGAGUACGAUGGCCACCAUUGUCAACAGAUUGGAAAACCACAUUACGAAGGAUAUCCCCCAGAUCUUUGAUGCUGUGUUUGAGUGUACACUAGAUAUGAUCAACAAAGACUUUGAGGAGUUCCCAGAACAUAGAACAAACUUCUUCCUUCUCCUUCAAGCUGUCAACUCGCACUGUUUCCAAGCUUUCUUGAACAUCCCUCCAGCACAGUUUAAGUUGGUAUUGGACUCAAUUAUUUGGGCCUUUAAGCACACGAUGAGGAAUGUGGCAGAUACGGGACUAGACAUCCUGUAUGUGUUGCUUCAGAAUAUAGCCAAUGAGGAGGCAGCAGCCCAGAGCUUCUAUCAGACAUACUUUACAGACAUCUUACAGCAUGUGUUUUCUGUUGUGACAGACAGUUCACACACAGCAGGUCUGACAACACAAGCCACAAUUCUAGCAUACAUGUUUGUAUUGGUGGAGACAGGAAAGGUCACAGUGGCCCUUGGUACAAACUCAUCAUCUUCACAAAAUGUUCAAUACAUACAGCAGUUCCUCCUCAAUCUUCUAAAAGCAGCUUUUCCUCAUCUCAAUGAACCACAAAUCCGUGUGUUUAUUGAGGGUGCUUUCAGCUUUGACAGAGAUAUCCCAGCAUUCAAGGAGCAUGUGCGAGAUUUCCUUGUGCAAAUCAGGGAGUUCGCUGGAGAAGACAACAGUGAUUUAUUCCUGGAGGAGCGAGAAGCAGCCAUCAAACAAGCAGCUGAUGAGAAGCGAAAGGUACAGAUGGCUGUCCCUGGUAUCAUAGGACCUCACGAGAUUCAGGAAGACAUGCAGGAUUAAAUCUACCAAGGAUUACUUUUGGUCCAGUUCCAUUGAAUCUCCGCUGUAACAUGAACAGGGAACACUUCCAAAUGGGAACUUUCCCCACAGUCUGCUUGGUCAGAAAGUGAAACAUUGAUCCUGUGAUGGAGUUAUGAUCAGGGUGCACCAGGCAGCCGCGGGAUGAAAAGGAUGUGGUGGAUGUUUGUCACACACCUGCCAUCUUGGUACUCCCACCUCAAUACAUGUCAUCAUACUGACAUGUCAACGAUUCGAUACGUGCACAAACUUCUGAACACUACCUAAUGAAGGUGUCGAAAUGUGCUAAACAGGACAGAUACAAUUAGUAGUCUGUGUCAGUACACAAAACAUUGGAAACGGAGGGUUGAAUGUCUCUUCAUAUAGGAAGUGAUGUGUUGGUACCGGACAAUCUGUGAAGCGAGGUGUUUUAAUCUCAGCUUAGUGCUCUCUGAGUAGAAACGAGUGUGAACAGCAUGCAUGUGAUGUAUGGUAUUUGAAAGUAAUUGAUUAGAGAAAUCUGGUUUGAACCAUGUUUUAUCAAGUGCAUUUUUCCUGAUGCAUGGUAUGUUAUAUAUAAUAACAAUGGUAUGUGUUAUAUGCAGCAUUGACUUUUUUUAUUGAAUACGCAACUGAAAUGAACAAGGCUCAUUCCAAUGGCAAUGUUUUCCUGUGCAUUGGAAACCCUCGCCAUCCAAAUGUAUUUUAAACACUAACGAUCUUAAUCUGUGGAGGUUGCAAUAUUUAGCAGGAGGUAGACAACUAGGCUGCUUUCCCAUAUCUGGUUGUAAUGUUCGACUUGUUGAGUCUAAAAGAAAACAGGCAUGGACCAGAAACAAAACUGAUCUCUGUAAAAUUCAGCAAUAUCUACAUGUGUACACAAAGGGGUAACAAUCCAUGUUCAGAACUACAUAAAUCGAGGUUAAUCUCAUGUAGAUAACUUAGAUAUGGUAAAUAUAAAUUUGGUAAACUUGUAUAUGGUAAAUAAAAAUUUGGUACACAAGAGAACAAGGUAAAUUUGUUAAAAGCUGUUUAUUUGAUAGAUAUGUGAAGGCAGUCUUAUCACUUGCUUGUCCAUCUUGUGAAAGGUCAGGAACUGACUACGGAUCAUCAAGGUUGAUUCAUUCACAGGUAGAUCAAUUAACUCCCAAAGUUGUUGGUCAGAAGUAGACAUUUUAUAUCAAAUUGAAGUCAUUCCUGCAGUGUGAUUGGCUGAUGGUGUCACAAGUUCUUAACUGUAUUAUGUCUAGCUUAUCUUCAAUAAAAUUCUGAACUUGAUAAGAGCUAGACACAAAUGUUUUUGGGUCACAUUUGACAGUGUUGUGUGUAUUAUGUGAUCUCCACGAUACAGACAUGGUCUUCACGUACAUGUUGUACCUAGGCCUUAACACUAUGGUAUAACAUGUCUAGUUAAUUUCAAGGCUAUUGUGAUAAUCACCCAAUUAUAUUUCUCAUGUAUCAUUAACAGAAUAUAGUGUAUUUCAUAAUGUGAUAGCUUCAAUCAUGGCACAAUUGCUUCAAGAGUGUUUAUAUUUGAAGUCUAUGAUAUAGUUGUGUUCUCUAUCAAUUGGCAAUCUUUACAUGUAAAUGACAUAAAGGGCUGGCAUUGAAAUUUAGCAGCACAUCAUUUUUCAUAGAUAUUCAUUUUUUUUGUGUAAUUAUUUAUACAUUGUUUCACUGUGAAGAAGUUGCAAAGUGGCACUAUGGUGUUACUUAACGUUUCACUUUAAAGUUUGGCGUUUAGAUCCGUCGCUCAAAAAGUAUACAUAAGACUUUAACCAAACCUGGCAUAUAUAGUUAGAUCACAUACUGGAUGGAGGACCUCUCAUCGCACUCUUCAUUUACGGAAUAUCCAGAAUUUAUGGCCCAGAGACUGGAAAUUUGGACUAAAGUUUUGCGUUUAGCUCAGUUUCUCAAAAAGUAUCAAUUUUAUUCCAACUGAACAUGGACUAUAUAUAUAUAUAUAUAUAUAUUGAUGCAUUGUAGUAUGGAUAUCUCAACACACCCGAUUGAUUACUUAAUUUUUUUCAAACCUUUGAGAAAUUGAAUCUUUAUUGCUUCUCCAAUUGAUUUACAAAUUAGUUAAUAGCCAAAUUGAAAAGAAUUCUAUAAUAUAUCCGAUGUAUUUUUAUCUUAUUCUUCAGAGAGGUAAAUUUUGAGAAUUGGUGACUUUGCGAAAUUUGAUAUUUUAUUUGCAAUGCAUCAAUAUUUACACAUUUGUAGUAUGUACAAGGUGCUUCCAUGCUAUCAAGUGGAAAGUUUUAAUUUUAAAAUUUAAGUGAAUUUUGGAUUUUGCUUAAAACUUACUUUACUGACAAUGUGGAACAGAGAAGACAUAUGAUUACCAGUAUGUGUAAUGGUCUUGUCUCCUAUCAAUAAUGCUGAGGCAUUAAAUGAUUUACUGUCUUAAUACAAAAUUCAUCAACUCCAGAAAUCUUAUUUGAUCCCUCAGCAUGGUUGAUGCAAAUUAAUGAAGUUUGAUAACAAUUUUCAUAUCAACUUAAUGCUGACAGAUUAAAUGUCCUCCUUACCCAUCCAGUAUUUGGAAGGGAUGUUUGAUGAAUUUCUAAACUCUUGACUUUUUAAGUCUGUAGUGUUCAUCUAUGUCCAACCCCACAGCAUUAAGUUGAUGAGAGAAAAUCAUUAUCAGACUUCAUAAUUCAUUCAAUUUUCAAUUCAUAUGCAUAUAAUGACUUGUCAGAAAGUUAGACAUCCAAGUCGUUGAUAAGGCAAAUUAAGUAACCAAAACAGAGAAGUUGAGUUUGUUAUCCUUGUCUUAUAAACAUUUAUAUCAUGGACGGAUAAAAUAAACUUUUGCAGUUUUUACAAAUACAAGUGAUCUGCCUAUUUUCAAUUUUGAUGAAUUAAAAAAAUAUGUGUUUAAUUUAUGUGCAAGGCAGUACAUGUCUAAUGUCAUAUAUUAAAAUUGUGUCAUAUGUAAAUCAAAAUUUGCUUAGUAGUAUAUGUAUCUAUAUUUGUUUACACUGGUCUCUUGUUACUUGUUUUAAUGAAGUAACAACUGAAAUCCACUCGUUAAGUCAAGUGAAUACACUUUUUUGACAUUAGUCGUUCUUUAAAUUCAUUAUUCUUUGAAUUCUGAUAUAUAAAUAUAUAUAGCUUAAUUUUUCAUUAGCUCUCCCAGAGGACUAAUUUAACGUGCAGUGAAACACCGUCUGUCGUUUAGGACAGACCAAUAACAUUUUUUAAUAGCUUAUAAUCUUCACUUUAAAAUUCUUAUUACACAAAUUAUACCAAUUGAGCUUUGUAGGCCCAAUGGAAGUAUGACAAAUCUAUGGCAUAAAAAAACUUGAGUGGAGAAUAUAAUGGCAGUGUUUCAUCAUCUGUUCAUUUCAGUAUAAAUAUAUACAUGUAUAUAUUGUGUUGCUUGUACAAUAUGUAUCAUAGAAAGGACCUAAGGUUUUUUUUUCUCUCUCAAAAAUAGUCAAUUGAAUGAUUUUGUAAUUCAGUAUCAAAUAGAGUUAUCAAUUUCUCUAUGUUCACAACAUAAAAUACAUCAAAACUCACCGGAACUCCUAGGGACCAUGUUACUUGUUCAAAGAAUACACGGUAUAUGAGUAAGUUCUGGACUUGUUUAUCUGACAACCAUGUUUAAAUUGGUCUCGAGGCCACAAGAAAGAUCCGCAUGUAAUUUUUCGUUAUUAGACUGGUCAUAUUUAGACUUGUUGUGCCUGGUAAAUUCAAAGUUGUAACAUCAAAAUAUUGUUAAACUAUGGAACAAGUACAUGUAUCAUGUUCAAGUCUGAUUUAGUGUUUGUGUCAUCAGAGAGGUAUUUUCAUUAAAGACUUUUGUCUCGGAUUUAAUAUCUCUGAAAAUGCACCAGAAAGUUUCAAUAAUGGUGUUAGGAUAAUUCAAAAUAGUGAUACUCCUUAGCUGUUUUCUUAAAGGAACUGGUAUAUAAAUAAUACAUCAAAUACAUUGUUACCUCACCUUAUAUUUUGAUGGAAAGUCCUGUCUAAAGAAUCAACAUUUUCUGUUGGUAAAUAUUGAACAUGUAUUGCCUUACUUCUACAAGGCCAAUUAUGUCGCUUAUGUUCCAUGUUCAUAAUUGAAAGUAAGUGUUUUACAAUUAAAAUUUUCAUUUAAUAAAAUGUUCAACAAUUGUGAAAAAAAUUAAAAUGUCUAAAUUUAUC